AGUCGAAUCCGGUGAGAACUGACCUCAGCUGCUUCAGCCUCCAUCUGAGUGACUCACCUCUGUCACUGAGGGCAGAGGUGGAAAUGUGCGGUCACAAGGUGCCGCAAGGCGCAUCAGCGAUAUGACCUGUAAUCGAUUACAUAAGUUCUCCCCCUGUUAUCGCUUCUUCUCUCCACCAGCCCUGAUGCUCUGAGUGGAAGACAUUUAUACAGACAUAUUAAUGAGAUUCAUCCGUCUGCAGGGAUGUGAGAUCUGACUCCACUUUUUGCAUCCCUGAGCAACUUUUCCUAAAAUUCCUGAUCGAUUUCAACAAGGAAAUGAGCAGAUCUUACUUUCAGGGUGCUUUAAUUUGAUUAAAAACACUGUGUUGCACCUUAUUUUAACCAGUGAUGACAGAUGAUGCACUUUGCUCUGAAGGGGGCAGACACAGGGAAAGAAAUCGGAGGCUGGCCCUAAGUUUAGCAUUACAAACCCCCGCCCCUCUCCUCAGUCAUGUUAAAUACUAAAACCUGAGCAUUUUAACAGAUAAUCUCCUGAGACGGCUUCACACCCUGACACCUCCAGAGUUGUACGCAGCACCGCAAUGAAAGGAGACGCCGCCAAAGCAGGCCUCCCCAAUGGCACCACCAGCGGCCGAGCCAAGGACCUGCUGCCGCCUUCGGAGGAGAAGAUGGAGGAGCGGGGCCAGUGGAGCAACAAGAUCGAGUUCAUCCUGUCGGUGGCCGGCUCCAUCAUCGGCCUGGGCAACAUGUGGCGCUUCCCCUACCUCUGCUACAAGAACGGAGGAGGUGCGUUCCUCAUCCCAUACCUGAUCUUCCUGUUCACCUGUGGCGUUCCCGUCUUCUUCCUGGAGACGGCCCUGGGCCAGUACACCAGCCAGGGAGGCAUCACCUGCUGGAGAAAAAUCAGUCCCUUGUUUGAAGGUCUCGGCUACGGUACCCAGGUGAUAGUGACUCUGUUGAACUUCUACUACAUCAUCGUUCUGGCCUGGGGGAUCUUCUACCUGUCUUUCUCCCUCUCCUGGGAUCUGGCCUGGUCAUCCUGCAACAACACCUGGAACACAGGUAACGAGUGUGUAUUAAAAAUACAACAGGAGGCUCCUACAGGUUAUAUCCUUUAUACGUUUAAGAAUUUCUCCAUUUUCUUCUUCUUCCCUCCAGAAAACUGUGUGGAGUUUCAGAGGAGGAACACCUCAAUCAACUCGAACCCAAACAUCACCUCUCCUGUUAUUGAGUUCUGGGAGAGGAGAGCGCUGAGAAUUUCCCCGGGCAUCGACCACAUGGGCUCUCUGAACUGGGACCUCGCUCUGUGUCUGUUCAUCGCCUGGGUCAUGUGCUACUUCUGCAUCUGGAAGGGGGUGAAAUCCACGGGAAAGGUGGUCUACUUCACCGCGACCUUCCCCUACGUGAUGCUGAUCGUGCUGCUGAUCAGAGGGCUCACCCUGCCUGGCGCCGGGAUCGGGAUCCAGUUCUACCUCUACCCUGACCUGGGACGACUGGCGGACCCGCAGGUGUGGAUGGACGCUGGCACCCAGAUCUUCUUCUCCUACGCCAUCUGUUUGGGGUCGCUGACCGCUCUGGGCAGCUACAACAAAUACAACAAUAACUGCUACAGGGAUUGCCUCUCCCUGUGCUUCCUGAACAGCGGCACCAGUUUUGUGGCCGGCUUUGCAAUCUUCUCCAUCCUGGGUUUCAUGUCUUAUGAGCAGAACGUUCCCAUCUCAGAGGUGGCAGAGUCUGGUCCCGGCCUCGCCUUCAUAGCCUACCCCCGUGCUGUGUCCAUGAUGCCUUUCUCUCCUCUGUGGGCCGCCCUCUUCUUCAUCAUGAUAGUUUUUCUGGGGCUGGACAGCCAGUUUGUGUGCGUCGAGAGCCUCGUGACGGCGAUAGUCGACAUGUACCCCGCCGUGUUCCGACGCAAAAACCGCAGGGAGCUCUUCCUGUUGGCCGUCUCCCUCUUCUCCUUCCUCAUGGGCCUCAUCAUGCUGAUGGAGGGGGGGAUGUAUGUCUUCCAGCUCUUUGAUUACUACGCAGCCAGUGGCAUGUGUCUCCUCUUCAUGUCCAUCUUUGAGACCGUCUGCAUCGCAUGGGUCUACGGUGCGGAUCGCUUUUAUGACAACAUUGAGGACAUGAUUGGCUACCGUCCAGGACCUUACAUCAAGUACUGUUGGUUGUUCUUCACCCCAGCCACGUGCAUUGGUACCUUUGCCUUCUCCCUCAUUAAAUACACUCCUCUCAAGUACAACAAUGAGUAUGUGUACCCGUGGUGGGGCUAUGUCAUCGGCUGGCUGCUCGCUCUCUCCUCCAUGGUCUGCAUCCCACUCUGGAUGGUUUACAAGAUCAGCACCACCCAGGGGACGCUCCGAGAGCGCCUCCAGCUGCUCAUCACACCAUCCGACGAUUUACCCAAAACCAAGAGGGAGCAGGAGAGGUUACUGGCCAUCUUUGCUCCCGAGGGAGACGCCGCCACGACCAGAAAUGGCUACCUUCCCGUGUCAGAGGGAGACUCCAACUUAUGAGGCCCCGUCAGUGACGUGUUCAGGUGAUAGAUGUGGGUUUAAGUUCCAUUAUUGACUUGCUGCACCCUUCCUCCAUCGCAAAGACAACUGCAGGGAAAGAUACAACAAACUGUCACAUCAUCUGCUUUAAUACACAACACUUAUGGAGGACUCAGGAGUUUGUUGGGUUUGGCAGCACCUGUACAUUUCAGGGAUGGCAGUAAUGUGAUAUAAGAAGGAUAAAGUAGAAGGUAGUUUGACAUUUAUUGGAUUACUUAGUCGUUUUUGGGCAAGGGCAUUUUUUUUCAGGGACAAAAGUAAUUUGCUCUACUCAAACUAAAAUCCAUUAAUACGGCGGCUAAUAUGAGUCAGCCUUGCUCUGAAAUUGUAUUAUCGCUUCAUUUAAAUAUGGUAAUUGUAGACACAGACACACUGGUGUCACCUAAAGUUUCUAAAUAAAUGUUUUAACUUCCACCAUAAGGAUGAGUUUUGUAACAGCAACAGUAAACGUGAACUAUUUGUGACCACUGAAAAGAGGGCGACAUGCAAGUUGGAGUCUCCUUGUGUAUUAGACGUCACUCCAUGGCUCCUUAGUCAUAUUUGUAUCAUAUAUUGUAUUAUCAUUCAGUUGAAAUAAAAUGUUAUAUUUUGCAUGAAUAGACUGUGAAAAUAUGGAAGUGAAAAUUCUAACAGUGUAGCAGCGCAGUAGGUUUAGGACUAACACGGUGCAUACAACGUAGUUUCAUAUUUUGUACUGUAAUGUAAAAUGACUGUACAAAUAAAUGUGAAUCUUGUAAGUACGUUUUUAAAUAAACAUUUUAAUUUUAAUGUUGUCUUGAACCAUUUUA